GUGCUCUCAAGGUUUCAUUCUUCCACCUUUUCUUUUUGCCAAGCUUUAUUACUGAUACGAACCCCGUAAUGACGAGUCGAUAUCAAAGAGUGCCAACUGCCGAUGAUCCACUCGAGGCACAUCUCGUCGACAACCGAACGUCAGAAGCACAACAGCAACAACAGUUACCCAGCUAUGAUGCAGAACAACGACCGAAUUCUCGACCUCCACUACCCAGUCGUCAACGAAACGAUUUAGAGGAAACGUUUGGAGAAAGUUUAGACGACGACGAUGACGACGAUGACAACCAUACAGAAUCUCAACGGCUGUUAAACGCACCACAACCACACGUUGGAAGUUACCCGUCGAGCAGUAGUGUAAAUACCUCCGCACAUAGUAGCUCAAGGCCGGCAAUAUUGCCUGUUACGAACGAUGGCGUAUUUUCCAACAUGUCUGCAAAACCGGACAGAGAAGGAAACAAGCUAGAUGAGACACCACCGGCAUAUGAGGACGCCGCAGCAGACGCCACACCUCCAUACUGGCAAACGACAAUCAUUGCACCGCCUGGCAUGGGUGACAUCAUUUUAGUGGAAAGCAUGCCCGUCGGUAAUUUGUUCAACUUUGCAUGGAACCUUCUAGUUUCUGCAAGCUUUCAGUUUGUCGGUUUCAUGUUGACUUAUUUACUCCAUACAUCGCAUGCAGCAAAGCAAGGAUCGCGAGCAGGUCUUGGAAUUACUUUUGUUCAAUAUGGCUUUUAUAUUCGAAGUCGAGGAUCCUUGGACGACUUUGAGUUAGCGGACGACGGUGGCGACGGCAACAGCGACACAAACAAUAGCGAUCAAGAUAGUACAAACGCCGAUAUCAUUGCGUACAUCCUCAUGUUGCUAGGAUGGUUUAUCAUCAUCCGAGCGAUUGGUGAUUACAUACGGGCACGAAAGAUGGAGGGUAUCAUUGCCCAAGAACCAUCACCUGAAAAUAUCGUCUAGAUUCAUCUCUUCCUACCUACCCUUCCUUCCUCCUCCACCUUUUCUAUCCGUCUACUUCUUUACUCACUAUAACAAACAUCCCCAUCUAUUUCAACUCGCAUAUCACUUGUCUUCCCACUCCCUUGUUAUAUUCCUCUCACGAUCCCAUCAUCCUACAUGCACUCCUCCACUUGUUUCUGGUACUUGUUUAUUGAAGUAAUAAUAUUCACAUUGU